AUGUCCUUCUCAACGAACCCCCGCAGAAGGACUCCGGUGACUCGUCCCGGAACCGACUGCGAACUGAACUUGUCUCUUAAGACGGCCAUGGUCCUCCGAAAGGGUGCCACCUUCCACUCUCCUACAUCUCCCAACGCUACAUCUUCAGACGACGACUUCGUCCCUCCUCGGCUUACGAGGUCCCAGUCUGACUUUGAUGAUGUCGUCGACGCUGGCCGCCGUCGUAUUGCUAUGACUCUGAACGAUAUCGACGAGGCCCUCUCCAAAGCUCAAGACCUCUCGCUGUCCGACAAGAGUCCUAGGACCAAGACACUUCGGGAUACAAGCCUGCCCGUCCCUCGCGGUUUCCUCGCCCCUCCCGUCGUCGACCCCGCCAUGAACAAGGCCGAGUCUGAGCGACGGGUUCUCCGCCCUCGCUCCGUUCGACGCACAAGAAACCAUGCCUCCGACAGUGGCAUUGGCAGCUCAGUCGUUUCUGUAAACGACAAGUCUGCCGCCGACUCAACAAAGAAGCCCCAGGCCUCCGCCCUGACAAGGUCGGCCGCCUCGAGCACCACCGCGAUGCUUCCCAGCCUCAGCCACCGCGCUGUCAACCGCAUCCGCGAACACACUCUCCGCCCCCUCCUGGAGAAGCCCACACUCAAGGAUUUUGAGCCCAUUGUUCUGGAUGUGCCCCGACGCAUCCGAUCCAAGGAAAUUAUUUGCCUGCGAGAUCUUGAGAAGACCUUGAUCUUUAUGGCACCGGAAAAGGCCAAGUCCGCCGCCUUAUACCUUGAUUUCUGCCUCACGUCCGUCCGCUGCAUUCAGGCCACAGUCGAAUAUCUCACCGACCGCGAACAAAUUCGCCCCGGCGACCGACCUUACACUAACGGAUACUUUAUCGACCUUAAGGAGCAGAUUUACCAGUACGGCAAGCAACUCGCUGCCAUCAAGGAAAAGGGCAGCCUUGCCGACGACAUGGACAUUGACCAAUCUGACGAGGUCCGUCUCUAUGGCGGUAUCGCUGAGAACGGCCGUCCUGCCGAGCUUGUCCGCGUCAAGAAGGACGGCACUGCCAUCUCAAUGGCCACUGGUAAAGUGAUUGACAUGGGCGAAUCCCCCACACCUCUCAAGCGCUCCCUGAGCGAGCAGCGUGAGGACGAGGAAGAGAUUAUGCGAUCCAUGGCCCGCCGAAAGAAGAAUGCCAGCCCUGAGGAGCUGGCUCCCAAGAAGUGCCGCGAGCCUGGCUGCACCAAGGAGUUCAAGCGCCCCUGCGACCUCACCAAGCACGAGAAGACUCACUCUCGUCCUUGGAAGUGCCCCAUCCCUACUUGCAAGUACCACGACUACGGUUGGCCCACCGAGAAGGAAAUGGACCGCCACAUCAACGACAAGCACUCGGAUGCCCCGGCCAUGUUUGAGUGUCUGUUCAAGCCUUGCCCGUACAAGUCGAAGCGUGAGUCCAAUUGCAAGCAGCACAUGGAGAAGGCUCACGGCUGGACCUAUGUUCGCACCAAGACCAACGGCAAGAAGGCGCCCAGCCAGAACGGAUCUGUCGCUCAGCAGACUCCCCCUCUUGGCACUGUCUCUACUCCUUCAACCACGCCCAGCUACAGCGUGCCUACACCUCCGCAAGACCAGAGCAUGACCAGCGACUUCCCUCUCUACCCCACCAAUGCCGACUGGUUCGCCACUUACGGCGCUCAGCCUGAAGCCAUUGAUGCUAUGGACCUGAUUCUCGAGAACCCCUCUCCCGUCUCUGCCACAUCCUCCUACGAGCAGUACCCUCCCUACCAGAAUGGCUCUACCUUUAUCAUCAACGAUGAGGACAUCUACGCUGCCCACGUACAGAUUCCUUCCCAGCUCCCUACUCCUGAGCAGGUUUACAGCAAAAUGAUGCCUCAGCAGAUGCCGGUCUAUCACGCCCAGCCUCAACCCUGCGCCACUGUUCCCAUCAUCGGCCAGCCGCAGUUCUCCCCCAAUGCGCAGCAGAAUGCAGUACUAUACACACCGACCUCACUGCGCGAGGUCGAUGAAGGCUUUGACGAGUCCUAUGCCUCAGAAGGCGCUGACUUUCAGCUUUUCCCGGCAACAGUGGACAAGACAACGGAUGUUUUCCAGUCCCUGUUUACCGAGAUGCCAAGCGCAAACCUUGGCUUCUCUCAAACCACGCAGCCAGAUAUUUUCCAACAAAUAGAUUGGAGCAACCUUGACAUCUAA